AGGUGGCGUUGCUUGCGUGUGUGCACUGCGAUGUGCUCUCAGCUGUUUAAGUAGUAAGGAGUUCGAGAACUACGUGAUAGCUCUCGCUGUUUGACAACAGUUUGGGCGUUGAUAACUGUCCAGGUGUACUAGUCCGCGUUCAGUCCUCUUUGCGUGGGGCCGUCGGUCUCGAGCAGAUCGAAUGAAAAUACUCAGAUUCGCACGGCGUGAGGAAAAAUGGAUGAUGAGAAGAAUGCAAGCUGUGUGCACGACGGCGAGGAGGACGCACAACUGUCACUGCUGCAUCUUCCGGUCGAGAUCUUCCUCCAUAUAUGCUCCUUCCUGGAGGCGUCGACCUUGGUACACGGUUUGAGUCUGGUGUGCAAACAGUUCUACCUGAUUUUAAAGGAUGACUCAUUGUGGAAGGCGCGAAUUAACCAUAUAUGGCCGGAUGCUAGCUACCCGCUCUUGCGUCCCGCGAGACCCGACAAGCUGUUUUGGAAAUUAUCAUGCGUCGAGAUCGAGAAACAAAUGGCGCUAUGGAAACGACGGGAUUCCAUGGAGAAACUGAUAAUUGCGAACGCACAAUACAGCACGAUCGAUGCUCUGCUGCUGAUGCACGACGGAACCACUUGUAUAGCAGGCGCAAGGGAUCGCACCUUAGUUUAUUGGAAACUUCCCUCACACGAGUACCGACCCUCUCACGAAAUUGGGAACUCCGUCUGCAUUGAUUCCGCGCAUAACGGAUGGAUCUGGGAUCUGACGGCGAUAGGCAACACGAUCUACAGUUGCAGCUGGGAUCAGAGCGUCAAGUCGUGGUUGCUCAUUAAUAGCGGCCUCGUCCAGCACAGAACCUACGAAAUGAAUGUGCCGGGUGCGCUACUGUGUGUGUCAUCGUGUCCGGAGCGAUCUCUCUUUGCGACUGGCUCGUACAGCAGGACCAUAUUCGUGUUUGAUUCGAAAUCGGGACACAAGCCGAUAAGGCAGUACCGGCCGCACAACGGACCCGUGAUUAAGCUCGCUAUGAACUCAGAAUACAUCUUGUCUGCCAGCGAGGACAAGACGGUGACUGUUUUUGAUCAAAGAGGCGGGCGGCCCAUGAAGUCUAUUACGAUUUCAGAAGAAGGAUUCCCCAUGUGCAUGAGCAUGCAACGGGAUUGGGUUUGCGUUGGGGACAGCAACGCCAAGUUGCAUGUGCUAAAUCCAAAAAACGAUUUCGAACUGGUAAAAUCUUAUUCUACUGAACAUACGAAAGGAAUAACAGGGGUUCAACUCACGCACGGAUGUUUGAUAACGAGCUCCACGGACGGCACCGUCAGAAUUUCGAGCCCUACAGAUCCUCCAAAGUCUAUUGUUACUUUGCUUUCGGGGUUCGGAGAGAUUGCCGGAAUGGAUUACCUGAACGGCAUUCUCGCCAUAUCCGGCAUUGACAUCGCGGUGUGGCGCCCGAAAUCAUGUUCAAAAUGAACGGAAAAUUACUAUAUAUAUGUGUGUUUUAUAGCUAUUCUACAGCUAUAUAUCUUUGAUAUAUAUAUGUAAUAUAUUCUUAGUUUUUACUAAGAAAUAUUAUCCUAAUGCGCCUCUCUAACAUAUAAAUGUAACAUAUGAUUAAUUUAUACCGCGAAAUUACAAAUGUUACGUAUCAUUACGUUGAAAAUUCGUUUUAGUAAAAGCUUCACUAACAUCGUUUACAAUUAUAAGCCGAGCUUAUAAUUACAGCGUAUUCACGGUGCGAUCUUUUACGUUGAACAAAAGAAGAACAAAAAAAGCAUAUUUUUAUAGUAUAGUUGAGCUCCAUAAGCAUUUAAAUAUAUUUUAUACAUUGCAUUAUUGUAUAUCGUAUUACCGUACUGUUGUUUGUCGUUUUAUAAACUUUCUAACGAGAUGUUACAUUUUAAUAUAAUUUAUUUUCUCUGCGUGGUGAAAUGCGCCUGGGUAUAAAGCGGUAACGUUUAGAGAAUACUCUUCGAAUAUCAGACGCCUGUUUAUAAUAUUUAUAAACAAAAAUACAAGUCAAGUAUUCAAACAACAAA